AUGCCUGUCGCAGAAAAAACAAAUCCUCGCGUGAAUCGAGAGGCGAGAUUUAUUUGGCAAGGUGCGGCACGUUUUUUUUCAAUGAAUAAAUAUUUUUGAUUUUUUGCAUUUCGAAAUUUAGUAAAGAAAAAAAGAUGAAAACGAAAAAAUUAUUUUAAAAACGUGAAACGUGUAAUCGUGGCAGGGGGCGGAGCCGACAGGAAAAAUGUAAGAAAUUUAUUUGAAUAAGCAUCAUUCUGGAUUUAAUUAUUGUCAAUCCGAAAAUAAAAGAACCCCCGUUUGAAUUGGCGCUCACGUACAGUAGACUAAAAAUGACGUGACACAUGCACAUCAAACUGGUUGGCAAACAGCCAACGUGUAAAUUUCGCAUUUUAUUUUUCAAAAAGACUCCAAAAUUUUGCGAAGUCUACUGUAGUCUUGGUUUCCUAGGCCAUUUCGGUUCUCUUCCAACGGUCUUUUUUUUUCGGAACGACAAUAGUUGUUAAAAACGGUGCUAUUAUUCGCUAAUAAUUUUAUUUUCGAAGAAUUUCAUUUAUAUCCACUUUAUUGCUCAUAUUAAUAUAAGCGUAUUUUUGUUCGUUCUCAACAGAGCGAAUUUUCUUCUUCUCGUUUUUGGUAUGUUUUUUGCGCAAAAAAACGAACAAUUUUUAUUUUUGUCGCUACAAAAAAUGAUGAAAUAUUGAUAAAAAAUAUUUUGCAGUGAAUGGAACGGGUUCAAUAAUGGCAAAUGAUUCAUUUCCAGAUGUUCAUAUUACACCAUAUGGGGUUUGUUAAUUCUUGAAAAAAGAUAAAUGUGUUAUAUUUCAGGAUAUAUUGCAUGCAACCCCGGCUUUUUUAUCCAUUAUUGUUUGGGGUGUUUUUUCAGCACUAUAUUUUUCAAGAGUUUCUGCUAUAUUUUUUACAUUUUUAAUUGAUAAGUAAGUUCAUUUUUUUGGAAGUAAAACUUCGAUGAUUCCAAUAUUUUUCAGAUAUCUACGGUUAUCCAAAAAUGGUAUUCAUUUUCGAAUUGGAAGUAUUUCUGUGUCUGGUUUUUUGGCCGGCAAAAUAAUGUUUCGAAAUGUGAUAUAUGAUAAUGGUGAUAUGACAAUCAAAAUCAAUGAUGGACAUAUUAUAUUCAGGUUCUGGAAACCUGUCGAAAAUCGAAGUCUUGAUCUGAAGAAGUAAUAUUUGUGAAGAAAUAGCUGGAUAUCAUAUUUGUUUUUAUUUUUUCAGAAAAAAGAGCGUCUCGUUUAUAUUUAUUAUUAAAUGGAAUGCAUGUAAAUGUAUAUAACAAUCUUGGAAAAUAUAUGGAAAUUGCAAGAAUUCGAAGAUUUGAUUGGUUCUUCGAGAAUAAUAAUAUGGGAGACACGAAAAAAACGAAACCUCCAGAUACGUUAGUAUUUUUUAACAAAUUGAAUAUCUAAUACCAUCUUUUCCAUUUUUCAGAUCUCCACCUUCUUCAGUUUGGGAGAAUUUAUGGAAUUUGGUUGGUGUUAUGAAUGUUGAUGUUUCUUCUGGUUGUUUUUUAGUUGGAAACAAGUUUUUCCCGUAUGCAAUGUGGACGAGAUUCGAGAAUUUGAAUAGCAAAAUUGGUGUGAGCGAGUCUGAAAAUGAUCGAGCUCUUUUGACGUUUGAAGGUGAAACUGAAAAUGUUAGCAUUUCACUUAUCAAAAAUGAGCAAUAUAAAUUCACGGAUAAAGACAAAGAGCCACCAAGAACAACUGGAAAUGAUGGAUUCCCAAUUCUACAAACAGCUUCACUUGAAUUUCUAUACAAACAAGAUCUUCUUGGUUAGUUGAAUUGUCUUAUUUUCUUGUUUUAUUUUAAAUAAAUCAAUUUAUUUCAGGUUAUGUAACUGAUGAUACUCCACAAUCAAUAACAUCAAAAGUGCCAAUUUGGUCAUCUGAAUGGACAUUUGGAAAUAAUACAGUUUUGUCAUAUGGACCUUGGGCAGAAUUACAUCGGGCUCAAAUUUAUUCAUUCUUUUUUCCGGCUGAUUAUCAAAAUGCACCAGUUACAAUUCUUCCAACAAGAGGACAAAAAAGGAUUCAUAUUAAACAUGAUGUAAGUUGAUCGGCAGAAAAAUAUCUGAAAUAACGUAGUUUUUCUAUAUAAGUAUUAAAAUAUAUUCGAUUUUUAGGUCAAAAUUACAUUGACAAAAGAGACGUGUAUGGAUAUUUGGUUUAUGAGAGGAGGACAAUUAGAAAGUAUUCGAGCAAGAUGUGGACCACAAAGUAGUUUGAAUGUAAGUAGUUUCUUUUCUUUUUUUCCCAUCAAAUUCCAUCAUUUUUAGAUGUCAAUUUUGUGGAUAACAACUGAAAAAGGAUUCUAUUGGAAUUUGCAAACUGAAUUCGUCAGGUAAUUGACAUUUUCGAACAAUUCAAUAUAUAAUGUAUUUUUUUUCUUAUAGUUUUCAAGUUACGACAUCUCUACUUUUCACAAAAUUGAUCGAAUGCUCGAAAUUCAAUGUGAAUGGGAGUUUUAUUUAUCCAUUGGUAAGAAUUUUACAGUUUUCCCCAAAUAAUCUAUAUAUAUUUUAAGACUUGGAAUGGUGAACAAAAUUGGACCCUCGAAUAUAUUUUCACAAAAGCUUCUGCUUGGUUUGUUUGGGAUCAUAAAAGGCUAUUCACGGUUAGUGUUUAAUAUUUUUUCUAUCAAUCAAUAUUUUUUUGAUUCUAGGAUCUUGUUAAUGAAUGGAUGGGGGAUGAACCAUCGGAUAUCACUAAAUUUGUUCCAUUUCGAGUUCAUAACAAAUUACGAGUUUUGGAAAGUUUCGAAGUUAUGAUGUUAUUGAAUGAAUGUAAUUGGAUUGAUCCGGCGGAUAAAAAUGAAGAAAAUGUUGAAAUUGCAAUUGUUGGAGAGAAAUUAUCAUUUGGUUAGUUUUCAAUUAGGAAAAAGUUUCGAAUCUUUGAAAUCAUAUUAUAUAUUUUCAGAUUGUGAACUUCCAUUCAUUGAUUUUUUGCCGCAAAUACAAAAAAUGAUAUUUUCAUUAAAAGGCGAAAGAAAUGUUGCACUUCGAGCCAAAUAUCCGCCAGAUUCAGCAACUUCACCAAUUCGAGCAACACUUUUUCGAAUGGCUCGUUGUUCUCCAAAUGCAAAUCCAUCAAAAAUGGGAUAUUAUUCAGUUGAUAAAGAUGAUUGGUUUGAAAUGUGGAGAACGGAAUUGGUUGAAAUGAAAUUUGGUUUUGAAUAUCAUCCAGUUGUUCUUCGAAAUCAUAUUCCAUCAUCAAUUCCAUUUUCUGUUAUAAGUGAUUAUUUACCAGAACCAGUUACACAUCCAUGGUCACUUGAAACAGAUCGAUUAACAUGUGAUAUUUUGAUAGAAGGAAGUGAUGUUAAAUUUACUGGUCUUAUUAUCAAACUUCUUUUUGAACUCAAAAAUAAUUAUUUUGGUUGGUAUGAUACGGUAAGUUAUAAAACUAACAAGGCUAAUUAAAAUCAAUUAAUAAGAGUUCAAUUUUGAUUCGAAAAAUAAUAUAUUAUAGAUGACAUCAAUUGAAAAAACAAAAGAAGAUGCAACAAAAAUCAAAUCAGUAUUUGAUCGUGUUCCAUCAAAUGCUCCAGUUGAAAUGUAUCGACCAAUGGAUGUUGAUGUAACAGUUAAAGUAUGUAAUAUACGAGCUGAAAUGUUGAUUUAUUCACCAGCAAUUGAUUCAAAUGAAGAAGCUGAAAAAUGUCCGAUUGUUUUGGUGGAAGAAGUUGUUGUUGAAGUGAAAAAGACGAAAUCGCAAGCAUUGAUUCAGGUUCAGUUUUUCCUUUUUUUAACAAUAAUCGAAAAAUAUUGAUUCAGGUUGGAACUAGCCCGGCUUGCGCGUUUUUGGAUAAAUCAAGUAUAGGUUCAACUGCUGGUUGUAUUACAUUAUCUGGAUUUCAAUUCAGGUUUUUUCAGUUUUUUCAUGAGAAAAUUAAUUAUUUCGUGUUUCAGAGGACAUGCUUUAUAUUCCGAAAAAGAUGUUGCUUGGGAUAUGGGUUUAUUAGAAUAUGGAUGGAUUAUGGAAAUAUUGAUUGGAGAAAUAAACGGAACACUUGAUUUUCCAUCACAUGCUCUUGUUUUACAUCAAAUCGUUGAAUCAUUGCUAAUGUUUGUUUUGAGUCCGGAUGAUGUUUUAAAAGUGCCAGAGAAUAUGCAAUUUUGUCAACACGGACAAAUAACAUCAGCUUGUUCAAUUUCUGGAAAGAAAAAAGGAAUGGAGAAGGCUACUUGUCGAACUGAAGAAAAAUUGAAAUAUCGACAAAUUCGAAUAUCUAUUGAUUCAAUCAAUUUAUCAUUUUGUGAAGAUAAAACAAUAUUGAAUAUUUGUGCGGAUCCAUUAAGAGUUACAGUUUGUAAUGCACAUGAAGGACGAUUUACUGAACAUGUUUGUAUUCGAGUUCCCGGGGUUUUUUGUAAACAAGGUCAGUACUCUAAAAUAAUAAUAUUUAUUUAUGCCCAUCAUUUUUCAGCAAUUCGAGUCGGUGAAAAUUUGGAAAAUCAAUGGAUUGAAGGAGCAAGUUUUCAAAUUGAAGGUGUUUCAUUAGAUAUUGAGGUAUCAAUUUCCAAUUUAUUUUUUUUACAAAUUGUAAUUCUUUUCAGCUUCCAAACGAUAAACAUGAACAAGAUUUAGAAAAAGAUCGACUUGUUUUUGUCAAAAAACAUGAUUCUGACAGAAAACGGUUGUAUUUCUUAUGGGCGGAUCAUUCUGUUUGGGGCUGUGCUUGUUAUGGAAAUACUGUAUUUUUUGGAGAAGUUGAUCGAAUGUAAGAAGUUUUUUUUGUUUCGGAAAAAUUAUAUAUUUUUUUAUUUUUUUCAGUGGAUCGGUUUUCAUGGAACCAUCGAAACGGAAACUGUUUAUACCAGACAUUGAAAAGGAAAAUGGAGCACAACCGGCUGUUUUGCAAAGUGUUUUAGAUCGAAACCGAAGUAUGUUAACUGGAGAACAACACACAUAUUAUCGAAAUCAGGUUGGCUAUUUUUAUUCUUUGUUUUUUUCCAUAGAAUAUAGUUUUAUAGAGAAAUUAUCAACAUUCGAAUACUCAUCGAAAAGCUUCAAUUGAUACCGAAUCAUUUCAUUCUGCAAAAUCGAGACAAACUGUUAGUUAUUGGAAUUUUCAAAUUCAAUUUCAGUUUGGAAAAAUGAAAUUUUUCAGCCAAGGAUUCGAUUACUUCAAUCUGUUGAAAUGUCCCAACAUUAUUUGGAAUACUGUAAUAAUUUGACAGUUAUUCGACCGGAUAUCUGUGAAAUUCCUUGUUUUGGUGAACCUGGAGCUAUUUCGGAAUGGUGCAAACGACAUCCGCCAAUUGAAUUUUUCACGGUUAGUUUGACCAAAAAUUUAUGAAACUAAAACGUUGAUAAUAUGUGUCAGGAUUAUCAAUUUUUCAGAACACUGACAAACGUGGAGUAAAUGAUGUGAGAUUUGCACAAAAACGAAAAUCAACAGGUCCACAAGUUUUGAGCUCAGCAUUGGAUAAAAAAGAAUUGGCUGAACAAGAUUUGGAAGAUACCAAUUUGAAGGAUCGGAAAGAUUUCAAGAGAAAAUUGGCAAUAUCUGGAUGUGUUGCGAGUGAAAUUGAUGUAAGUAAAAAACACUUUGAAGGGAGAUGGGAAUUGAAGAGUAUCUCGAAAAUUAGGGCGCCUUUGGUAUUGUGAUACUCACAGGCAGAUGCAGAACGGCCGGAUACUUGCCAAAAAUUGAAAACCGGUCCGAAACUUGUACGUUUCCGACCAGUGUUGAAAAACGGCCAGUAACAACUCAAAAACCGACCAGUUUCUGACCGGUUUAUCAAAAUUGACCAGUAACCGGCCGUGUUUUUUCACUGGUUUUCGGCCGUUUUUGUUGAAUUUGAGCAGAAACCGGCCGAUUUUCGAGUGGUUUUUGGGCGUUUUCAACACUGGUCGGAAACGUACAAGUUUCGGACCGGUUUUCAAUUUUUGGCAAGUAUCCGGCCGUUCUGCAUCUGCCUGUGACUCAUGAGUGAAAAUUUAGAAGAAGAAGAAAAAGCAGUCUAGAAAAUUCAGUUUCAAAAAUGUUCUUAAUUUUUAUAGGUUUUCUUAUCACCAAUUGGAAUGGAAGGUUUGGAAAGAAUGUCAAUGUCGAUAUCUCAUUCAAUAACUGCAAUAAAUCCAGCACUUCUUGUUCAUAUGUGUUAUCGAGAUUGUGUUUUGAGAAAACAUCGACAACCACUUACAAAUUCGAUAUUUCCAAAUGAAGCUGAAGUUCCACCAGAAUGUCAGAUUAUGGUUCAAUUGCCAAGAAUAACAUGUGGAUUAUUUCAAUGUGGAAUCAAAAAGAAUGUUGUCAAAUCUUCGACUGAUUAUGUUACAGCGAAUAUUGCUCUAUUUUUGAUUGACAGGUUUGUUUAUAUUCUUUCUGAAUAAGUGUUAGUGAUAUUCUUUAUUUUUUCAGAGCAUAUAUUCAAUCAAAAAUCAUGAAUGAUAAAACGCAUUUAGCUUCUGAUAAUUUGAAUGCAACAAGUGUUAUUUAUCAAUUAAGCUGUAAUGUUAUGACUGCACAAUUGCUUCAAUUAACUGAUAAAAAUGCAGCGGAUUUUGGUAGUUCUGGAAAUACAACAACAUCGAAUAAUUGGGAAAUGUGUGCAAUUUCAAAAAGAAUGACAUUAUUAGAACCAAGAGUUAUGCUUGAUUUGAAUAUUGAUGAAUCUGCAAUUAUUCUAGAAAGAAAACCUAUUAUUACGGUAAUAAUUUAUUUAUUUAUAUACAUAUUGAUAGUUUUAUUUGUUUUUGCAGUUUGUGCCAAUUCGAGCAAAAUCAGUUUCUGGAGUACAUUCUCCGAUUGGACAAAAUAUUAGUCAACCAAAUCAAAAUCGAACAUCACCGGCUGCUCCUUUAAUAACACCAAUUGGAGAAUUGCCGAAACGACAACAAAAAAUAUUGCAUGAACAUUAUUUGAAGGUAAGUUGAGAAUCAGAAAUUGUCGAAAGUUCACGAAUUUUUGGAAAGUCAGAAGUAAUUUAUAUAAGGAGAGAUGUGCCAACGUUUUUGACAAACAUUUUAAAAGAUUUUCAAAAUCUUUUUUUUUUGUUUUUGAUAAAGAAAGCUUUCAGGCAUCGGUUGGAUCAAUAAAUACAUCAAUUGUAAUGGCUCGACCACAAGAAAUGACGGCUGGAAAUGAGUUUCCGAUUUAUGAAGCAUUAUCACCGGUUAUUGUUGUUUGGCUUGGUGUUUUGGAUAAUUUUGUUGACACCACUAAAAAGGUUUCUUUUUUCAAACCUUUUAUUCAUAUAUUAAAAAUUAAUAUUAUUAUUUUUAGACAAUUCAUCAAUAUGAAUGCUGGAAAAUGGUUGCAAUGUCAAAAGUUUUGAAAUUAGCAUUUGAUUGUGUUGAUGAACGAGUUGUAUGUUUUUUUUUUGGAAUUCAUUUUGUUCACCUCAAGAAUUUUUUUGUUCAGAUAGUCCGAGUUGGUAAAAAUCGUAUGUCAUGUGUUCGAGUUCUUGCAUCUCAUCAGGCUUCUUGUCCUUCUUGUCUUUUACUUCAUACACUUUUCCGAUGGUUUUCUUAUGGAGAUGAUGCGAAAAAAAUUGUUGAACGAAGAUUGGACAUUCGGGAUGAAUUCGAAAUGGUAAUUUAGAUUGAGGUUUAUAUUCAAUUUCUAGUUUUUUUCUCAGGAAACAACUCGAAAAACAGCAUUAAUGGCAUUAUUGAGUCAUUGGCAAUCUGAUAUUGGAAAAGAAUUGAAGGUAUGCUUUAUUAUAAUAAGAAAGAUGUUCAGAUUUUCUGAAAUAAAAGUUACAGCUGGUUUCGAAUGAAGAAGCAAACAAGUUCAAAGUCAAUCAACAUGAUGAAGUUGGUAUAAAUAUUUUGACGAAAUUGAGUAAACGAGAAAGACGGAAAAAUGCGAGUGAAAAGAAAGAAACGCGAAUUGUUGUAAAUAAUCAAGAAAGUGAAUCGAAAAAUGAGAAAGAAAAGUCGAAAAAUUCGAAAAUUAAACUGUCAUCAUCGCCUUUGUUGAGAAAAUUGAGAAUUCGAGCUGGAAAUGAUGAAGAUGAAGAUUUGGAUAGUUCGAUUCCUCUUCAAUUUGGCGAUAUUGAAAUGCAGAAGUUCACAUCGAUUUAUGAUGAAGAUGAAAUUGAGGAAGAAGAAGAAGAAGACGAAUUAAAAGAGGAUAAUGAUAAUGAUAAAAAUGCACAUGAAAAUGGUAAAUACUUUUUCGAAAUAUUUUUAUUGAUUUCAAAUGUUUGAUUUUUAGUUGAUCUGUACACUUGGAUGAGAAAAGCACAAAAAGAAUCUGCAAUUCGACAUCGAAAAACAGCAGGACUCGAAAAAAUGGCAAAUUCACAAGAUGGAAUUUCACACGAAACAAAAGAGAAAAUAUUCAUAAAUCCAAUGGAUAUCAAACAAAAAGCUUUCUUUUAUACAUUUUAUCGAUGGGGAAAAUUGCAAUGGACAACUUUGGAUGAUAUUGAAGCUGAUCAUUUUCAUAUUGAAUAUUCGAUUUUGUUGAGAGAAGUUGAUGUUCGAAUGAUGGCAAAAAGUGUGAAAAGUUCAACAGAUCAACAAAGACAAUAUAUAACACCAGCACAACAAAAAGUGAUGAAUUUGAGAAAUGCGGCUGUAAGUGGAGCAAUGAUUUGGCAAAUGGAAAGAGAUGAAAGAAAAAGAACACCAAUGGGUGGACAGGUUUGAAAUAUUUGAAAAUUAGAAAAACAAAUAAUAAUAAUUGGAAUAAUUUUAGUGGAAUAUUAGUUAUAAUGGAAAUAUUGAAUCAAUACGAUUUCUUAUUGGAAUGGCAACUGUUUCACUUGGAAAAGAAUUAUCACUUAUUUUGAAAGCUGGAAUUGAUGUCAAAAAUGAAUUAUUAUCAAGAUCUGAACAAGAAAAGGUAUUUCACAGUACAGUACUGUAAUUCAUCAUUUUGUUUUUUAUUGCAGACACCAAAUCGAGAAUUCCGAAGAUGGGCUGAAAAUACACAACAUGAGCAAAUUACUCAAUGGGAUGAAAAGAUUUUGGAUAUGACAAGAGAUUAUGAUAAACAUAUGCAACGAAUGAAAUCAACAAAAACGGAACAUAAUGAAAAAGUUAAAUUAUUCAUAAAUGGAUCUGUGAGUGUUUCAUCAGUUGUAUUAGAAUCUGUUUUGAAUGAUUUGUAUGUAUCUGCUAUGAUUCUGAAAAUUGAAGUUUUGCAUUCGAAAAAACCAUUGCCAGAAAUGUUAUCAACACAAGGUGUUUUGGUGACAACAAUUGAUGAACGAGAUAGAAAAACAGCUACUCUAUCGGUUCGUUUUUUUUUCGAACCCUAUUUUAUAAUUUUUUUCUAAAAAAUAAUGUUUCCAGAAAAAGUCAAUCAGUGGAAAUAAUCAAAAAAUUGAUGAUAUCUCUGUUUCAUUAGCGUAAGUUUUUUUUCUUCAAAACUAUUUCCGAAUUGAAAUUUUUUCAGCAAAAUGUCACUGACUCUUUCGGAAUCUGGAAUUCUCAACAAGAAAUCUGAUAUUUUGAGAUGUACACUCAAUUCCAGUUGUUUGGCAUUUUUUACGUACGUUUUUCUAUUUUUUCCAAAUACCAAUAAUUUGUUGUUCAGGAAAGUUAUUCAAAAAGAGGGAAAAUCGUCGAAAAGUAAUAUAACAACAACAAAUGGAUUGGGAACAUGGGCAACAUUGAAACUUGGAGCACUUGAAGGAAAUAUGCCAAUGGCUGCACAUUCUUUGCAUGAUGUUGUAAUGAGACAUGGAAAAGAGUUAGAAGAACAAUUUAAUCGAUUAUCAGCUCAACCAGCAAGAUCACCAAUGGAACAGAAAAUUGACAAACCAUCGAGUUCUUCUGCUUCAGUUCCAUCAUCUCCAGCUCCUGUAACAACAAUAAAUAAUGGAACAAAAGUUGCACCGAGAAAUUUCCAAAAUACAACGUUUAUCUCUCAUAAUACAUUGAAUAAUUAUGACGGAAGACAAAAUCAAGCAAGUCAAAUUAUGAAAAGACAACCGAUUGCUGUUGUUAAUUUCAUUUUGGAGGUCAGUUUUAUUAUUUUCACAUAUUUUCUGGAAAAAAACUAAUGAUUUCCAGAUAGCUGGAAUUGAAAUGAAUAUUCAAUUACUUCCAAGUCUUCAUGCAAAAUAUCGAAUUUAUCGAGCAUCGAGUAAUGGAAUAACUGGAGAUAAAGCUAAAUGGACAAUUUCAGUCGAUGAACAUUAUUUCGAAUUUUGUGUAACUGGACAAGGUGGAAAAACUGAAACAUUCCGACUACAAUUGCCUUCAGUUAAAUGCACCGGACAUUAUUCAGUUGAGCAAGGUACUUCACAACAACACAAACCAAGUACAGAUAAGAAAUUGGUAUAUCGAGAAGGUGGAAGUUUACAAAUGACUGUAUUAUUGGGAAGUGUUAAUCAUGUAUUUACAACGGAGUUAUUGAAUCAAUUGAUGUUUGCUGAACAUUCAUUCCGAACUGAAUUAACAUCUUUGAUAAAUCGAAUAAGAUCAUCAUCUGCAUCUUCAUCUUCCAAUUCAACAUCUGCAAAUUCAAAUCAAAAAGUGGAAAUUGUUGAAGUUAAAACAACGAAUAAUCAUGAAAAACCACCUUUAUUAUUUGCAAUCAAAGUGUUAACAAAAGAUCCAAAAACAAUUACAACUCCAGUUGUCAAACAAGUACCUGAAAAAGCAAUACCUUGGUUACAAUUAACUGCUGCAACUCCAACACAAACAGCUGUUCGAUUAACAAUUGAUAGUUUAGAAGGUGAAUUGACAAAUAAAUGGGUUGUAAAAGAAGAAGGAUCGAAAGAACGAAUUUAUGGAAGUGCUGUUAUUCAUUUCAAUGCAAAAUUAGGACAAUUAGUAAAAGCUGCACAAUAUGAUGAAGUUGUUGCUGAAUUACAAGAAUAUGCUACUUUUAUGACACAAGUUCGAGUUGAAAAUAAGGAAAGAAAUAUGUUAAAUAGCUCAUAUUCAUAUCAUAUAUCAUUAAAUCGACCAAUUUUAUUAGUCAAAGCUGCUGCAAUUGAUAAGGCAAUUUUAUUAUGGUUGAAUUAUAAAAAUACAUAUGAUUAUUGGAGAAAUGAACGAGAAAAAGUUGUACAAGAAAAAAAUACGACACAAAAGAAUCCAAUGUUUUCACCAACACAAAUUGCUGAUAUUCAAGAUGCUGAUAUGAAUUUAUCAUUAGCAAUUAAUAAUGGAAUGUAUAUGUGUAUGCCAUUAUACAGUUAUGAUGUUACUGAAGGAAUGCCAGCACUUGUACUUUCAUUGCAAAAAUCUGAAUUAUCAGUUUUGGUAAAACGAGAAUUGACUUGUAAAGCUUCUUUCAAUGGAUUCAAAUUAUCAUUUAUUGAUGAUUUUGAUGAACAAGCAUUGACUCAAAGCUUUUUGGAUGCUGCACACAGUGAACAAUCAAAUUGUUUCUUUUUCCCUGAAGGAACUUAUCAAUUAUGCUCAAAAGCAACGGCAAUCAAAAAUCAGCCAGCAAAAUGGGUAUUAAGUGUGUCAGCCGAAAUGCAAGGAGUUGAAAUUGAUUUGGAUCAAAGAAUUGGAAAAUUGGCAAAACUUUUGGUGAAUACUUGUUCGAUGAUUGGAAAAAAUGAUAAUGAUGAUGAAUCAUUUUGGGAAGAUCAAAAAGAUUUGGAUUCGGAUGAUGAAAAAUUGGAAGGAGCUGAUGAAUUGAAGAAAUUGAAAGCUGAAGAUCGAGUUCCGUGGGUUGAAAAUAAAAUGCAUGAACAUUCUCGAGCUGUUUUUGAAUUGGCUGCAAGAGGAGUUUCGACGAAAAAAUUGGAAGCUGAAAAACAUAAAUUGAGACAAUAUGAAUUGAUUCGAUUCAAAGCUUUUAGAAGGUAAGAAAAAUAUGUUAUGAGAAUUGAAAAAUAAAAUACUUUAUUUAGAAAUAUGGUCGAAAAAUGGCGAAAAGGAACUUCUGAAUCAUCAUUUGCCAGUGGAAGUCGGGUAAGUUUUUUUUUUGGGAAAUUAUAUGAGUUGCAUAGAAACAAAAUUGAAGAAUUUUCAAAGCAAAAUUGGACAUUUUUUUGGAGCAACACGUAAUCCGGCCUUCUUAUUUUUUCUUUAAAAAAUGAAACAAAUUUGAAAAAUCGACAAAAUAUAAGAAAUUGAUUUCGAAAAAUUAAAACGAUGUUCACGUAAAAUUGUGCAAAAAAUAUUUAUUUAUUUUAAAAUAACUACCAUUUCUCAAUUCUUCUUUUUUAACAUAUAUAUAAAUUUUGUAGUCAAAUCGACCAAGUGCAAGCGAACACAAAUCAAGAGAAAUUUUCGAAAAUCCAUCAAAAGAAACUCCAGUCAAAGUUGUUGCUCCAAUAAUCGAAACUACACCUUCAACUGAAACUGUCAAUUUCAAUUUAGAUGUGAAAGUUAAUAUAACAUCAGGAACUUGUACAUUGAGAACAUCGAAAAAAGAAGGAAAUGUUCAGAUGAAUUUCCGUAAGUUUUUAUAUUAUUUUAUUUUUAUAAAUACAAUCAAAAAAUAAAUAAUUGCAGCUGGACAAAUUGGUGAAACAUUGAAAAGAUUGAAUCAAGGAACUCGAGAUAUAAAAGCAAUGUUUGAACCGCCAACUUUGACAACAACAAGUUUCAGUAUACCAAGUGUUGAAAUAAAAGCAUAUCAUGUUUCGGAUCCAGCUGAAUCUGCAACACAAAAAUUCGGAAAAAGUUUGGAAAAAAAGAAUAAGUUACCAACUGAUAUGGCAAAAGAUGCUGAAAAAUUGACAGAAGAUUUGAAAUCGAAAUCGAGAUAUGGAAAUCAAAAAGAAACGAAGAAAAAGAAAAAAGUUGAUGAAAGACGAGGAUGUUUUUAUAUGUUUAUUGGAUUAGCAUCAAUGCCGACUGAAACUGUUGUAACACCACAUUUAGCAACAUAUUUAGAACAAGUUCUUGAACCACUCCCACCAUCUGCUGUUUUUCGAUCGGAAAAUGUUGGAAAUUCACAAAAUGUUUCAACUGUUGUUCAAAAAGAAGAUGGUUUGUUUUUUUUCCCAAUUCUAGUUCAUUUUUUAAAAAAUUGAUCAAUUUUUCCAGCAAAUAAUGAUGUUCAUAAUAUUGUUGCAAUUGAUACGGCUGCACUUCCAAUUGAUUUUGUUUUAUAUCUCGAUGUUCAAAGUUCAACAAUUCGAUUUGAUGGAAAACAACAAACUUCAAGAAAUCAAGCACAAGCUGAUUGUCUUUUAACACUUCCAAGAUUAACAUUGGAAUUGACAACAAAAAGAUCAAAUGACAAUGCAGAUAAUUAUGUUGGUGGAAUUUAUAUAUCUGGACAGUUCAAAGAUUUUAUGCUGAAAAUAUUCAAUCCAUUGGAACCCGAAUUGGAAUCAUCACGAGCUCUUCAAUUAUCACUCGAUUUAUUAUCAUUUGUGAUAAGUCGAAAUAAGAAUUCGUCAUCUGAACCAGAUAAUCGAGUUCGAUUUGUAUUCACUUCACAAAUUGGAAAAGCAUCAUUUGAUUAUAAUUUCCGACGACUUGGUGAACUUAUUCAAUUUCCAAAACCGUGGUAUCGUGCAGCUAUUGCCAGGUAAAACAUUAUAUUUUAAAUAUCAAUUUAACAAGUUCAUUUGUUUUAUUUUUCAGGCGAGUGUUUUUUGGUGAUCAAUCUGCUCCGCGCCAAAAAGAAGGAAGUGAUAUGACUGCAACAACAAGAAGUCGAUUCGAUAGUGAUAAAAGAAAACCAGCAUUAAGUAGUGUGAGCAAUGAAUCAUCUUCUGGUUCACAUCAAAGAAAGCCAUGGACAGCAAUGGUAUUGGCAGCAAUUCAAUGGAAUGAAAUUGAAGUAAACACAUUUAUGUCGAAUACAAUGGGAUGGGUUUCAUGGAAUGCAACAAAAGGUUUACUUUGGGGAGAUGCAAAAUUGAAUUCGGCAUUGGAAAGAGAUGUGACUGUGACUUUUGUACUUGGAUCAAGUGAAUUAUCUGGAAGAGAUGGAGCUGUUGGAGGAGUUUUGAAAUUGAAUAAUUUGAAAAUAUCUGGAGCACAUUCACUUUCAUCAAAUACGAAAAAACCGCCUGUAAAUAAAGCAAAAUUGAAAUUGGAUUGGAUUACAGCAAAUAUUGUAUGGAUGAGUAGAAGAAUAUUGAUUGCAAAAUGGACAAAUCCAGCAUUUAGUAUUUCUGAUUAUCAUAUUGGAAUUAAAGAAGGAAUGGAUAAAAUUGUAUUAUCAGAAGUUGGAAUGAAUGUUGAAUCAUCUUGGGAUGAUAUUCAAAUGGUUAUUACAAAAACAACUGUUGAUGAUAUUGAAGCGGUUGUCACUAAAAUCAUUCAAUUUUUUGAGGUAAUUUUUAUUGUUUUGGAAUCUGAAGAUUAUCAAAAAUUCCAGGAACAAUUGAAAAAUUCACGAAUUCUUCUCGGAAAUUUCAAUCCAAAUACAAACGCGAAAAAGAUUCCAAAUCCAACAAUUGAAACACGAAAACCGGCAACUCAUUUUUGGGAAAAAGUAAUCGAUUAUAUUUCUGAAAUGCAGGUUAAUGAGCAAUUAUUACCUUUAAUGGAAAGAGAUGGAACAAAAGUUGGAGGACAUGUUUCAUUAAAAGCAAAUGGAAUAUCAUUAGUUCUUAUGAAAGGAGAUAUGAAUGCUGAUACGUUAGUUCGAUUUAUAUUUUCACUUUCUUAAAUUUGUUCAUUUUUCAGAUGGGCUGUUUUUCAUUUACGCGAUGCUUUUAUUUCUUUCGAUCCAAUUGCUCAUAUGGAUUUCCUUGAUCAUCAAACAAAACAAAAAAUUGGAAUACUUUUGAAACAAACAUUUUCAAUUCAACUUGGAUCGAAAAAGGAAAAUCGAACUGAAAAUCUUGCAAAUGUUUGCCGAGUUCAAACAAGAUUUAAUGAAGCGAGACAUUUGACAAAAACAGAUGAUAUUCUGGAAUAUUUCAUUGGAGAUGUUAUGAAAACACUUGGAUUACAUCAUAAUAUGCAAAAGCAAAUGAAAGAAAAUGUGGAUGAAGAACAAAUUGGAUUGAAUGGAGGAGCAGAUACACAAUCAACAACAUCAAUUGCUACUUAUCCAUCUGUUACAUCAUUUGGAAGAUUUAGAAAUUCAUCACCAAACAAAACAAAGGUAUCUACUUAUUAAUUUUAUUUCCUUUCCUUUCAAAUAAAUCUUCAUUUUCAGGGAUCUGUAAAUACUCCAAAAUCAAAUCAUAAUGUAUUAGAAUUAUUCCAAUUUCCUGGUCUCGAAGCAAGAAUGACAACAGAACAAUUAAAUGGAUUGGAUGAUGGAGAUCAUUAUGAAUCAGCAUUUAGACUUCCACUUGAAGUAUUCACAACAUUUGUCACCGAUUUUUAUAGUGAAGUUGCGAUUGAAACAAAUUUCAAUGCACAAGUUUCAUUCCUUCCAGAGUUGUUGAAAAGUUAUUUGAAGGUAGGUCAUUUACAAUUGGGAUUCGAAAUUUCGAAUUAUAAAUGCUCAAUUUUUCAGGAUACACCAAAUACUCAAACAUCUUCAUCGCUCUCUUCUCCAGCUGUUACUUGUUCAAGCAAAGAAAGUUUUGGUUCAGAUACUCCACUCAAAGGUAAUUUAAAAUUUUUAAUAAUAAAAAUAAAACAAUUGUUCAGAUCCUCGUGUUUAUAUUUGUCGAGAAUGGCGUGUUGAACCACGUGUUCGUUUUAUUGAUCGAAUUAAAUGGACACCUCCAGUUGUUGAUGAAAUUUUGAAGAAACUUCAGGUAAAUUUUUAUACCAUUGUAUUUUAUCAGAUUUUGAUAUAAUAUUUUAGAUCUUUGAUCAUCGAAAUACAAUUCCAAAAGUAAUUCAAAGAGCUGUUCUUGAUCCAUUGGAUGCAACAUUAGCAACUGCUGUUGUUGCUACAUUAGAAAUGAUUGACAAUAAGAAAACUAUUCGGAAAAUGAGACAGGUAUUUGAUAAUAUUAUUACAAAAAUUUUAUAUUUUACUUUAAAAAUAAUUUUCAGUCACGAAAGGAUUGCGAUAACAUGCAGAAUGAAAAUGAUGAUGAUAAACACUUGGAUCAAGAAGUAUCAGUUCGAAUUGAUUUGCCUGUUGUUCGAACACCAACAUCUGUUUCAAAAGAAUCUUCAAAAGAACCAACUCAAUCGAAAGAAAAAGAUGAUUCUCUUUGA